AUGAGCAAAUGUGUUUGUGCCAUAAACCCAUAUUGUCAAACACCAUAUGUUGUAUCUGAUCCUGGUUUCAACGCUUAUAAAAAUCUGGUUUACGACGUACCAGGUUCGAUUCGACGAUGUCUGCCUAUUGAUUCUCUUCUUUCUUCAUCACUUGAAUGUUUAUAUGAAGAUUAUGGUUGCUUUCCAUUAUUGAUAGCCUCUUUUUACGAAACAUUGGGUCAACAAAAUUAUAAUCCAUCCUUAACAUUUGAUUUUGGUCCAUUGAUCUAUAAUCCAGCAACGACUCUAUUUCCUCCAAAUGCAACUGUUUCAAGCAUGUUUAAAGAAAUGAUGGUCGAACAAUGGAAUCCAUCCAUGUCUUAUAGAUCAUUUUUUGAAUCAUGUGCACCUACUUAUUGUACUUAUUCUCAAAGAAUGCGUACAGAAAAUUUUCUUGGAGUGAUCGUAACAAUAAUAUCAAUGAUUGGCGGUCUUAUACUUUCAUUACGAAUUGUGACACCUUAUCUUGUUAAAAUUAUUGUUGGAUUAAUGAAAAAACUUAAGAAAAAAAGACAACGAACAGAACGAGUUCAUCAAAGUUAUUUCAAUCGAAUCAAAAUCAUAAUACAAAAUAUGAUCAAACUUUUGUCAAAAACAUUAAUUGAAUUAAAUAUCUUUUCAUCAUCUGAUUUUGAAAGUAGUAUUGACCGACUAACAGCUACAUAUUAUGGUCGAUGGGCAACACGUUUCUACAUUCUGUUGUUUCUUAGUACUUUCACGAUACUUAUCUUUUAUACAAUGAUUCAACCACAUAGCGUAACAAAAACAUUUGAUCAGCUAUCAUUUAAUUCUUAUCAGCAAUUACGAAAAAUUUAUGGAAACAAAUUAAAAUGUUCAUGUUCGCAAAUAGCAUCAACGUAUAAUAAAUUUGUUGAAAUUAUACCAGAAUUUCAUCCUAUUUGUUCAAGUCAAUUCGUAUCGAAAGAAUGGCAUAUGGGUAUAAUAAAUAGUCUUGCUUCAAAUUUCUCUCUAUAUUCAAAAAAUGAUUAUCGUCGAUUUAUUUCUUCUCAUCUACAAUAUCUUCAAGGACUAUGUCAAAUCUCAAAAGAUUCAGUUGAUAAUGCUAUUAAUGAAUUUCUUACAUCAUUAUUAGUUACUGUUGAACUUCUUUCCAAAGAAAAUUUUCAUCAUCGUAUUGAAAUCUUAAUUGAACAAAGUAAAUCCAAUGUUCCUUUCUUAGUUUCUCGUUUUCUCGCCACGAUCCAAACUUUUAAUCAUGGAAAUGCUUUUAUGACAACAUAUGGGACAAAUUUUCAAUAUGUUUCUCGGAUAUCUGAUUCUUAUGCACAUACAAAUGCAAUGAUUUAUGAUGAUAAUUGUUCAUGUGGAUUAUCUUCAAAUUGUACAACACAAGCUAAUUUUAUUGAAAAAUCAACAAUAAUUCCAAUUGUAGGAUUAAAAAUGGGAUGUUUACCAAGUGAAUCAUUUCGAUUAUCAACUCUUGAAUGUUUUUAUAAUCAAUCAUGUCUUGAUCUUGUUCAUAAAUAUACAAAUUAUCAAAAUUCUUCAAUUGCUCUUUCAACAAAUCUUAGUUAUUUUCCACCAAAUUCAACUAUUAAUGAAUUGAUAAAUCAUGCAUUCACUGAACAAUGGUUAAAAAAUAUAACUUAUUCUUCAUAUUAUGAUGAAUGUUUCCCUUCAGUGUGUUCAUAUACUUAUAUUGAAAAGUUUAAUAUUCUAUAUCUCAUAACUCUAUUUCUUAGUCUUCAAGGUGGUUUAACAUUAGUUUUGGCAUGGAUUUGUCCAAAAAUAAUUCAAAAUGUAUCAAAAAUCUAUCAUUAUUAUCGUAGAAGAAGACAAAGAACAUCAGUUUAUCCACAUAAUUCACUUUCAAUGUCAUCAAAUGAUUUUAAUAUUCAAAAUACAAAUAAUAAUGCUGAUAAUCAAACAGAACAGAACAGAACAUUUGAACAAAGAAUUAGUUCACCAAGUCGACGUUACUCGAAGAGAAUUUUGAUAAUCUCAUUAUUAAUAUUGUUAAUCAUUAGUAUAAUUAUCUUUUCAAUUUAUUAUGCACGAAAUGUUUCAAUGAAAAAUAAAACAAUGGAUAGAACUUUGAAUACAACAAUAACAAGUACAACUACAAUGAUGUCAAUAUCUUCCAUUACAACAGAACCGCUUUGUCAAGAUAAAUUUCAACAACAAAUAUCAACCAAUAUUUCUUGUUCUGAACAUGAUGAGAACAACUUUCAAAUUGCUACUGGUGAUUUUAACAAUGAUAAUCGAGUUGAUCUCGUAUAUUCUUGCAGAUCUAAUCAAAAUGAAGAGAUAAUUGUAUUAAUGAAUAAUGGCAAUGGAACAUUUCAUAAUUCAUCAGUUUUAUUAUUGUCAAGAUCUGAUUGGAUAACUCAUAUUUAUGCUGUUGAUUUUAAUAAUGAUAAUCGAUCGGAUGUGUUUUUAAUACAUGGAUCUAAUCUUAUAAUUUUAUUGAGCACUGAUAAUGAAACAUUUGAAUAUCGAACGGAAUUGACAAAUAAAUAUAUUAGCUCGAUAAAUGAAGUUCAUAUUGCCGAUUUUAAUAAUGAUAACCAAUCUGAUGUGCUUUUAAUACGUAAUACAGAACCAAUGGAAAAUCUAAUCGUUUUCUUGGGAAAUGAUAAUGGAGCAUUUCAAACACAAAUUAUGGUAUCAUCUACAAAAAUUAGUAAAGCGAUAAAUACUGCAGUCGUAUACGAUCUUAAUAAUGAUAAAAUAUUAGAUAUUGUUAUAAGCUUUACACAGUUCGAGAAGAACGUUUGUAUCAUCUAUGGACGGGGAAAUGGAAGUUUUUCAUCAGGAAUUUUAUUAUUCGAAAGAAACAUGAUUUAUGCAGUCACCUUAGCUGUGGCAAAUAUUAACAAUGAUCAUUAUGCUGAUAUAGUUAUAUAUGAUGAAGACUCUAAACAUUUUUAUGUAUUAUUUGGAAGUGCAAAUGAAACAUUUCAAAUACAAAAGCCAUUUUUCACUGCUAUUAUCUCUUUCCCUUAUUUUCUAUUUAUCGAUGAUUUUGAUAAUGACAAUCAAUCUGAUAUCGCUUUUCUUUAUAGUCUAUACGAUUUUGAAUACAAGAUAUAUCAUUACCAUAAUAAUAGUUUUAAGAGAAAUGAAAAAACUGUCAUUAAAUCGCUGGGAGGAUUGGAUACAGUUAUUGUUCGUGAUAUUAAUAAUGAUAAUUAUUUAGAUAUUAUCCUUGGCACUGUUGGUCCUAAUAAGAUUUAUGUUUUAUUUGGAUAUGGAAAUGAUCGUUUUUAUUCACAUAUGGUUUAUUCGGGUGAACACCAGCUUUUUUCCUCUUGGUUAACUGUUGGUGAUUUUAAUAAUGAUAAUUUUCAAGAUAUAGUUAGUGCUAAUUAUGACACUAUGCUUAUUGAUGUUUUCUUAUAUAAACGUGAAUGUUCCAUUGCCUAA